CAAAUGAAUUGAGCGAAGGUAAACAUGCUGUUUUAUGCCCACUUCCUACCUGAUAAAGGAUAGCGUUAAUUCGAGCUUGCAGUGGCACAUGUAGCAGUUCGAGCUCUGACAGCUACCCGGAUGAACACUGGUUUGCAUAUUCUGUGUAAAAGUUAAAAUUGUGGAAAAGAAUAACAGGAGGCUGUUGUAUACAUAAAGCACUUAUCGAUGCACCUGACACGACAGUUGGAUCAAAACUGAGACAAAACAAGAGGGAUAAGACCUACGUUUAAAUAAACCAGAGGAAGUCGAUCUAGCAAACGUUUAACACGGAGGUGCAACAUUCCACAAGGAAAGCCACAACAAGUGCUUGCGAAGCACUGAAGUUUUCGAUCUCCACUGUAACGUCAAGGGACCCCGCUGACGCAGAGCAUACUCCUCUCUCCCACAGGGUGGCUGGCAGUGACUCCAGCGGUGCCCAGCCCGCACCCAUGCCUGUGCACUUGGCACCCCCGCUACCGGCGUACAUGAUGACGACCAAGAACGGCAAGACCGCGGAGGCCAAGCUGGUGGUGGUCGGGGCCCCUGGAGUCGGGAAAUCUGCACUUAUCGUCCGGUUUCUGACCAAGCGCUUCAUCUGGGAUUAUGACCCAACACUGGAGUGCACGUAUAAACACCAAACAACAAUAGAUGAUGAAAACGUGGCUUUGGAGAUAUUGGACACCGCUGGAUUGGACGACCCCAUAAACAAGGAAGGACACAUCCGGUGGGGAGAUGGUUUCAUCGUAGUGUAUAGUGUAACAGACAGGUCGAGCUUCGACGAAGUCAGCUCAUUAAAACAAUACUUUGACGAAGUGAAAAAGGCUAGAAACGUUAGCUGUGUAAUUAUUGGUAACAAAAUUGAUUUGGAACGCCAGAGACAGGUGACAACUGAGGAAGGCGAAAGACUUGCGUCAGAACUGGCUUGUGCAUUUUUUGAAACCUCUGCGUGUGAGGGGGGUGAGGACAUACUGGAAGCUUUCCAUGAGGUCUAUAGAGAGGUUAAAAGGAGAAAAUCGAUAGAAAACAGACGUCGAAGAAGUUCUGCACAACAAGUUAGGCAAGUGUUUAACAAAAUGCUGAACAGGUUCAUGGACAGCUGAUGCACAGCGGAUGUUUUGUUUCCACAAAUGUUUCUCAAAUUUCUUGGCCUGGCUACCAUGGACAUCGAUAUGAAACGCAGAGCCGACAUCGACAUUCCUGCAUUGCGCGUGUGCACGUGAAUGUCCCCGUGUGUGAUCAAGCGCUAGAUCUCAACUUUCGUCUCGGUUUUUGCGAAAUGUCAUGCGAAUGCAUCGUUUGUUUAAGCAUUACAGCUGAGUUUAGAUAAGCAGACCUAAUAUAAUUUGAUCUGGACUAGAUCUGAUUAAGAUGUUCUCAGUUGGCAAUGAUCAGAACACAGUGCCUCGAGAUAAAAUCAUAAUGGUAGGCCUACCUGUAUUUAUGUUUAAAUAUUCAAAUUGAUUCGAGUGGAAAUAAUUGGCAGUGUCAAAUCAUGUAUGAUUAAGCUAGAAUACAGAUUAUACACCUUUUUCAAAAUACAGCGCAUAAGAGAGGUUAGCUUUCCGUGCCAACAUGGUUCAUUGUAAUACUAUCAAAAUUCCAAUGGUCAUUGGCUUUGUCUUACUUCGUGUAAUUGCUUAUCAACAUUUAAUUUUGACUGUUCGUUAUGUUUAACCUCACUUACUUUGACUAAGGUUUUUGGAUGAACACUAGAAGGAUCUAUGGACAGUAUUCAACUUACUGAACUUAGGUGCACUUCUUUCGAACACGUGUGCACACCGUUAACAAGUGGUAUAGAUUUCUAAACGGUGUAAGAAUACCAAUAGUUCUUGUCGCUGACAGGUAGCCGCGAGCUAUUUCUAUUUCUAUAUCUAUUGAAAGAGUCGGAAACAUCAUUACAGACAGACAUAACGUGUAAAAUAAAGAUUGGCUAUUACCAUUUCUUAAGAUAGCGCAUUAAGAUGACUUGUUUAAACUACGGAAACUGCAAUCUAAUUUUGUAACGACGGCGACGCUUUGAAAUGACACCGGAGUGAACUUAGGACAUUGACUUAAGGUCUUUGACCUUGAACAUGUUUUCAAUUCAGUUGUACUUCUUUCAUUUGGGAACGAAAUGUGUUUCUGACAUGUGCCGAAGUAGUGCUGUGCAACUGUAGACGUGUUGGUACUGAUGUUCUUAAGCACACAGAGACUGUUGACCGACGCGUGCACCGUGUUUGAAUUAGACUGUAUGUCUUAAAGUGAACGUUUGAUGGCGUGGUUUCUCUCAGAGGCGGUCAUUUACUUCGCACACAAACAAAGUGCAGAACACCUUUUACGUAGCUGUAGAAAAUGGGGGAAGUAUUUUAUUACAAUUUUUACGUGUGAUUUGAAGUGCGCAGGUACUUUUAGGUAUUAUAUUUCUGAAAGUUAGUCGGCUAGAAAGGGGAGAUUCCUUUCAUAUACAAUAUCCCACCCUGUCCUUAAUACUCCUUAAUGCUUUUCCCAAGAAACAACCGUCCUUUUGAUUAGUAUUUGGAAGUUUGUCGCCACAAUUUUGAACAAAAUAAUUCCCGUUCACUAAGCACACCAUGUGAUCACGUGGCUACCACGUGGCUACAUCAGCAGCGAUCUAAAAGCCACGUGGUUUCAACCUGGUGGGUUUAUGGCUCCAACCUUGGAGCAAAUGCCCUCUCACUUAUUCUUCAAAAAACUUUCUGAAAUCUGAAAACAUAGCAUCAGGUAAUUGACCGCAGGGCACGAACUUUGAUAAACAUCUUACUCAAGUGGUGCACUGCUGCGUGCACACUUUUCUCAAUAUGCUAGGAAAAACCUGAUUUGCCAAUGUAGUUCUUAUUUGUUUAUUUUGUCACUUUCAAAGGUAUAUCUUCGGUGCACAGACAGAUAAAUGUUUGACAUGGGAACUACGCAUGCAUACGUGAACUUAAUUCCAAUGUCGUCAUUUCGAGGCCAAUUAAAUGAUUGCUCGGUCCGCAAGGGUGAAAUAAUAGCUUGAAAAAACAUUUCUCUUUUUCUUUAGGUGAUGCACCCAGACGUUCGCAUUUCAUACGCUGUAUUCGUUAUUUGCCAAAUUGAGCGUUGAAUGAUACAUUAUGGAUAAGGUUCUACUUUCAGUUGAUAAAAAUAGCCUACUUUUAUAGUCUGGACGAAAAAAAAAAUAAAACAACUUUUGAAUUUACCCCUAUUUGACACUCUGUGAACCCCUGAAAGAAUGCCCGUUGGCGUGGUGUUUCAUGUGCUACUAUGUUUAGAAAUGUGUUGUUUCGGCGCCAGGUUUAAGAUAGAAUACACUGGCAGAUAUUGCAACUCACCUGCUGAACAUGCAAAAUCUGUGGUUUUAGUCUGUUAGCAUGCAACUCCACCUUAUUUGACAUCCCUCCAAACAACAUAGAUUUUUUCUAGUUAAAUGACAAUAAAUUUUAACCAGAUUGUAAAUAAAGGCGAUUUAACUUAUUAAAUGCUUGUCCAAUUAUCUGCCUUCUCGAUUACCGCAGACUAAAAUGCAGUAAAACUUUAUAUAUCAGAUGUAUUCCUGCACGUGUUACUCAAGUGCUUAUUUCAAUGUGCGUUUUCUCUUUCUAACUGCACUGAUUGUAAAGAAAAGGCAUACCAAAAAACAAUAUCCAUAUGUUGGUUUGUGAUACGAGUAAAUGCCAGAAAAUUAAUUGCAGUGCUGACGGCAGGGAUUAUUAUGGAACAUUUCUGUUCAUAUUUGGUGCAUGCUAUGUAGUUUUUAUCACUGAGGUGACAAAAAGAUGCAAAAAAUUCAGACAGUUUUAUUAAAAAUUGAAGCUAACUGUAUCUAUGCGUACUCUUAUUGUGUUUGAAAACAAGGUAUACCAAUAAAGUUUUAAAGUAUGAAAAAUAAAAAUAAAUGUUCAAUAAAAUUAUUGAACAAACUCAUAGAAAUUCCAGUCAUCGUUAUCAGUGUACAGGUUAUCGUCUUUGCCAUAAUUAUCAAACAUAACACAUUCGUGUCUCCCCAGUACACUUGGCCCAAUGUUGAAGGCAAUGCAAGAAGGUUCGCCCAGGCACUUUAUGGCGCACUCGGUCAGGGUACUUGCAUACUCCGUUUUGGUAGAAAGGUUCGAGUCGGCCUGUUUGGAUG